CUCUCUGCCCCAGCAUUUCCAGGCCUUCUGGCCACACGUGUAAUCUCUCCGGUGGGCCCACCAACCUCUAGAUGAUGGCUGAUGAGAACACGGACCUCGACCUGGAAGCCCAGAUCGUCAAGGACAUUCACUGCAAGGAGAUAGACCUGGUGAACCGAGACCCCAAGAAUAUUAACGAGGACAUAGUCAAGGUGGACUUUGAAGACGUGAUCGCUGAGCCUGUGGGCACCUACAGUUUUGAUGGAGUGUGGAAGGUCAGCUAUACCACCUUCACCGUCUCCAAAUACUGGUGCUACCGCCUGCUCUCCACACUUCUAGGCGUGCCGCUUGCCCUGCUCUGGGGCUUCCUGUUUGCCUGCAUCUCCUUCUGCCAUAUCUGGGCAGUGGUGCCUUGCAUCAAGAGCUACCUGAUAGAAAUCCAAUGCAUCAGCCACAUCUAUUCCCUCUGCAUCCGUACCUUCUGCAACCCACUCUUCGCUGCCAUGGGUCAGAUCUGCAGCAGCAUCAAAGUGCUGCUGCGGAAGGAAGUCUAAAGCCAUGUGGGGCCGUGUGCAUGGUGGUGCAGGGGG